UUUUUGUUUUUAGAACGUUUCUAGAAUUAACUUGAGGGUUGAUGAGAAAGUGAAGCCAUAUACAGAUUUAGAAAAGAAAGCAAUGUACGGAGGGGCUGGGAAAGGAAAGUCUUCCCUUUCUGAUCUGUUUCCUCUGUCAGAUUCGGACGACCACGUGUGUCCUCCUAUUUCUAUUCACAAGUCUUGGAGUAUGCUCAGGAGGAUUUGGAAAUCCUGUCACAGAUGACGUGAGCAGGCUGAUGUUAUUGAAACACAAUAUUCCAAAGGAUUAUAACAUUUCUAUGCAUUAUAUUCCCAAAGAGAGGAGUGGUGUGUGCUGGGUUCUACUGAAUAUCUAUCCACUGGAACAAAGCCUCAGGGAACUGGCCCGGGUGUUUGGUGCCAUUUCUUCCAACAAAGAUAAUAUUAUGAUCUUCAUCACCAUGCUGCAAAAUCUACGCUUGAAAUUUGAUCAUGAGGAGCUGGAGGCAACAAUGCAAGUCUUUAAAUGCCACUAUAGGGUGGUCAAAUGGCCGUCUGGGCAGUAUUUCGACUAUAUCAGAGACAUUUUGAAUUCUGCAGCUCAGGGAGAAGGAGGAUUCCACUGUGUGCCUCCACCCUGCCCUGCCUCUACUACACCAGGAAGUGAAGCACAAGACCAUGAACAGACUCGGUCAAGGGGGAGUCUGCUGUCCCUGCUUUCGAUCCCAGUCACAGCCUGCGUGUUCCUCAUUGUGUGGGCGAUUAAAUCUAGAAGAGGAGGCUCCCCAGAGAGUAACCUUGAGAGAGGCCAUAGAAGGCUGUCCACUGAUGCGGAACGGACCAUAACCAUCCCUAUUCCACCAGUCACCAGUACAACUGACACACCAGUAAUGGGGGAAGCCUGAUCACCACUGAGGGAGCAGAAGAAGCCAACAUCAAGCACUGCAUAGAGAUCAGAAAGCUCCCCGUCUGGACUGGUGUCACUCUGGACUGGUGUCACUCUGGACUGGUGUCAGUCUGGACUGGUGUCACUCUGGACUGGUGUCACUCUGGACUGGUGUCACUCUGGACUGGUAUCUCUGAUUCCUCUUGGGUGAUAUCCCUGAGAGAACAGAGCUGAAAUCUCUUAUUUGGUAUCUUUGACAUAUCAGAGCUGAUAUCUCUAAAAUAUAUGGGCUGAUAUAGGGGUCUCACUUAAACAAGGGACAACGGCGAUAAGACAUUAAUAAUCAACCGCUUACUAGAACUAUAUCAUUUGGACUGUCAUAUAUUUUGACACAACACCAUGUAUCACAGGUUCCUACCUUGUCUAUGUCUGUCUAAUCAGAGAUUUUGUCAUUACACAACAUCAGAGACAUUCUCUACUGAGACUGGACUUUGUUGUUGCCUAAAUAUCUAUUGCUGCUGUGUGGCCACAGAGUGUGUGCUGACACUUUUUUGUCUCACCCCCUCUUUGAGUCACAUCAUCAGUGUGUGUGUGACCACAGUAUGACAGUUUAACUGCCAGCUGUGUGUGUGUGUGUGU